CUUAGUUCUAAAGCUAAAUUUUAAUUGCCAUGGACUCACAGAUACUAUAAUACCUUCAAAUUCUUUAGAUGCCGAGUGAAGUUAUUCCGGACAAGUUCUGUACAAGCAGGCACCAGUUUCAUCCGUUUGAUCAAUUCACACGGGGACCAAAUUAUCUGCUGUAGAUAGUCUGGGGGGACCAUUUACGGUGUUACAGAUCUACUUGCCAUGGCUUGUGUCAGCUGUGCACAAGUGUGUGAGUGGUGGAGGGGGGAAAACAGACAUAUAGUGAGACGUGGAUGGCUUUCUACUAAAAUAACGCGAUUAAUGCGCCGAUAGGAUAUACCACACCUAAAGAGGAUAUGCACCCAUAUAUAUAUCCUCCGCUACCGUGGUUACUCCGAGGGGUAUGUAACCACGGUAGCGGAGGAUAUAUGGAGUGCAUAUCCUCCAAGUAGGUGUGGCAUAUAUAUCUAACUUAUACCACGUGAUCGCAGCACUAUAAAAGGACCUCCCCUAGCAACAAUUCAAUCCACGAUACAGACUGUAAAAAAAUGACUAUGCCGGAUUUUGAAGCCGUCAAAAGAGCUAGUUGAGCAACGCGUCGACUCUUACAGAUGCUCAAGAGCUUCCUUGGUCCAAUCGUUGACCGUUCGACGUCCCUUACUGGAUGAUAUCAAGGAGCAGAUAAUACGUACAACACUUGUAACAAUGAAUAGUCAUCUGCAAUAAUUAUGCAUGUUACAUAUUAUCAUAAUGGACCUAAGAGAUUGACGUACGGGUCUCCUCCCUGCCAAUCCUAACCAAAUUGUCACAUUGCAAAAUUUGUUCAUGCAUUAAUUACAAUCCUGAGUAUAGAUAAUUCAAUUACUAUACUAAGUGUCAUAUCAAUUAAGUGACCACCUACACAAAGAAUAUGAACACACUCUAACGUAUUAAUAUUCAAAUGGCGAUGGGAAAUAGCAUUACCACGACUGACUGUGCAUAUAUUAUCUACCUGGAAUGCUGGAAUGCUGAAAUGAGUGGUACAGACAUCAGCAAGUUGGUAGCUUAUCAAAACAGUAAAGUUAACAUUGAAAUGCUCAUGGCUAGUAUUCUGCAGAUAGUUGUUCUACAAAUCAUCGUAAGAACGUCUUUAUGUAAUGAACAACCGUGCACUGGAAUGAGUUGUCCGGAUGGAUUGUCGCUAGUACCAAUAAAGAACUUGAAUGAUCCAGAAAGAUGGACCUCCGACAGUAAUGAGACGGUGCAAGUGGUGUGCUAUAAUGAGAUGGGGGAACCCCAAGGCUGUCUGCCUAACUAUGAUGAUACGAAGCUCUUUCAAAUUGUGCUAAAGGUGGCAUGCAGUCUGUCAAUUGUCGGUGAUGGUUUUGUAAUAAUAUCAUUAUGUCUGUUUCGAACCAUCCGCACUUCUUUUCACGUGCUAAUAAUUAACGUGUGCCUGGCCAAUUGUGGAUUCGAUCUAACAGUGGUAAUAUUGGGAUCUACAGAGUACACAAAAGAGCUGUGCUACAGUGUAGCAGUGUUGCUACACUUUUUCCUGUUGUCACAAUUCAUGCUCAUGUCAGCCACAAUGUUAGAUACCGUUUGUUCCUUCUAUAAUGCUAGUAAACUGAAAAAACAGUCCCUGAACUGUCGAUACAGAUGGAUUCCUAUACUACUAGAUCUAGUGUUUGGCUGGGGAGUGCCAUUAUCGAUUGUAACAACAGCUCUAAUUGUGGACAAUACAAGCGAUUGGGUUGGAUAUGGGCGUAAUCCUUACACGUGUUGGAUAGAUCAUCUUGUCUCAGAGGUUAUUUUUAUCGACAUACCAUUCUCGAUUUCCAUACUCUUCAAUGUCAUUAUGUUCACUAUUCUUAUUGCUCUAGUGAUAAAAUCACCUGGUUUUCAUUGCGGCAGAAAGCAUUCAAACAAGCAAACAAAUGUACAAUACACACGUUUUGUCAUUACUAUCUUCUGUGCCAGUGGAAUAACAUGGAUAUGUGCCAUUUUCAAAUACGUGUUCACAAACGUUUGGUUUGCAAGGACUGUUGUUUUGUUAAACAGCUUUCAAGGAUUAGCAAUUUGUCUUGCAUUCCUUUUUAGACAGGAAGUAUUUCAACGAUAUCGAAAUUUGAUCUCCCAUUGUCGAGCAUGCAGUAGAGCAGACUGUUAAUACCUUUGACAGACUUUAAAGCGAAUCUAAGCUCAUUUGUAUGAACACACAUGCAUAGUAUACUUUUGAGUUAAUUAAUCAGUUAGUCGUUUCCUGUAUUAUAGUAUAAUUAUAUUUAGUAUAAUUAUAGUGUAUACCAUACGUGCAUGCAUGCAUGCAUGGUUAUUAUAAUACUUUUGUAUUGGCUAAUUUUCGAUGUUCGAGGUCAAUCCGCGAAAAUGAUGCUCCUUGAAAUAAUCCUUGAAAUAAUCGGUAGACGUCUACGUACGUGCAUGUAUAAACUGUUUACACAAGGCAUAGUGUGCCAUACGUGCAUGUGUA